UUAAUUUUUUUUUUGCCACCAUAGAGACACCGAAGGGUAUUUCGUAGGGGGUUUUAAGGCAGAAAUUGAGGCUUUUCUCGCCACCAACCAGGACUAAGAGCAAGCGAAAAAAAUGUACAACAUAGCCAAACCAAAGCAACUAUCAUCGCUAACAUACGGGACUAUGAUGGCAAGGCUGCUUCGACCCUUCUUGGGCUAAUAUGUGGGUCUAUUGCCUAGCGUUCAGUUCAGUUUGGUGUACACGACACGGUUAGGGUUUCGAGUUUGCGGCGGACUAUGGUGUAAAGCGCAUAUCCUACUAACCGAAACCGAACGGUGUGUGGUGGGCCAGUGUGGACGCCGCAUAGUAGUGAAGAACGACGAAUCCCAAAUUGAUGGCAAUUUAAGAAACGGUUGGGUGCUACAUUAUUGCAAGUGCAAGUGCAUUUUGGGAGGCCAGUGUAUAGGGAUUGCAAGGUUGACGACAAAGGAGGUGAUAACGUGCGAAUGCAAAGUUUAAACGGUGUGUUUUUUUUUUUUUUUUUGUUUUUUAACCCAUACCCAACGAGUGAGUAACGCGAAGAAUGCAGAGUGUGAGUGCGUAACGCAGUAACUUUUUCGUUGUCGUUGCUGUAGUCGCCGUGCAAUCGUCGUCGUUAUCCUGUAAGAGGCUGUAAACAACAGAUCUGGCGUGCAGCAUUGGCAAGGACGAGAUGCAGCAGCCCCAAAAAGCGGCUGAAGGCUGAAGUCAGCAAACAACAAAGUGCAUUGAAAUGCAUGAAGGCACAUUCCAGCAAAAUGAAUAACUCAGACUCACCCCGUUGCUGGUCACCACCAACAACCGCAUUCAUUGAUACUUUGAACCACACAAAAGUGGCUGGAGCAGCAGUGAAGAAGAAGAAAAAAACAUCAACAAAGCCCCCCGAAAAAAAGAAUGAAUCUGAACCGAAACUGUGUCUAAAGAUAUAAAAUAUUGGUCAGUGCGAAAACAAGAACGAGACCUUAAACAUACCUCGAAAAAAAUCUAUAAAACUUUAAAACAAAAGAAAAACUUUUCUAAACAAAUAACAAAAAAACCCACAAAAAAGGGAAAAAAUAUGAAUUCGUGCAAUAUGGCUAAAACUAAGCAAAUGAAAAGAAUUCAACAAAUCAUCGAUUGUCACAAAAAUUUCAAGAAUUUAAAAAUAUACCGAAGAUAAAAGAAAACCAAGCAAAAUGAAUUUUUCACCGUUCGGUAAUCCGUUUCCGGGUACCAUACCGGGCAUAGCACAAUUCACCACAACCACAACACCAUUGGUAUCCACGGCAACCUCGGCUGCCGCUGUGGCCACGGUGACGUCCACGGCAACAUUGCAGCAGCAGCAACAGGAUACCACUGGCGGCAAUCGUUACCAACAGCAGCAGCAGCAACAACAACAACAACAGCAACAAAGUACCUCCACCAUUAGUAUGACCCAUUUCAAUCAACCUGCCAUACAAGUUGCUACCGCUGUCAGUGCUUUGCCCGCAAAAUUUCGUACCACCAAUGAUGGGGAUGGUGAUAAGUACAAUGGCCACAUGGUUACCCUGACAACAACAGGCGCCGCAGCGGCACCAGCUGCAGGCAACCAACAACAGCAGCAGCACCAACAACAAACAACACAAUAUACCACCACCAUACCCGCCUACAACCAACAAACUGAAGACAAACGUUUGGUACAAGCCGCCAUAGCCUAUCCUCAGAGCACAAUAACCGCUUCAACAUCAGCAGCGGCAGCAGCCACGGCCUUGGGUUUACAACAGGCCGCACAGCUGCAACAGCCGGGUACCUCAGCGCAACAAUUGCAGACACAGCUGACGGCAGGGCCUCAGGAGUUAACUCAGGAUCUAUGCAAUGCGAUAUUGCAACAACAAGGUGUGGAUUCAAAACGUGUGUUACAAAAUACCUCAUGGCAAUCACUGACGCCCGGCACAACAGUGGCAGAUUAUUUAUCGCAUCUUCCAGCAAACACAUUGCCCUUAUCUUUGCAUCAUUUCUUAAAGUAUUCCGCGGAAAAUAUAAAAAAAGAAAAUCAAAAUGUUGUGUUACAGGUACAAACGGGACCACCUUUGGGCUUGAAUACCAUAACCGGCUCAACGACCAUAACCAUACCUCAGCAACAAUUGCAACAAGUCACAGCAACAUUACAGGAUCAACAGCAACAACAAGCUGUGGCAGGAGUACUGCAGGCAGCAACCCAAUUGCAGACCCAAGUCUCAGUGGGCAGCCUAACGGGAGCCAUACAAACCAUACAACAAGCCUCAACAAGUGCAACCGGAACAGUGGUGGCGGCAGCAAACACAAACACAGCCGCCACCACCUCGGGUACGACCACAACCAAACGCAAGAAGCGAAAAAAGCGUGUCAAGGAGCGCAAACCCAAACCCCGUCCCGGAGAGAUACGUCUCAUAACCGCCCUCGAUGGCAGCCCCCUCUAUAUGUGUCCCGAAUGUCAAGUGUGCUAUCCAGAGCCUGAACUCCUGGAAAUCCAUCUGAUAGGCCACAAUUCAGAACGCCGCUACAUCUGUGAUAUCUGUCAAGCCACCCUCAAGCGUAAGGAUCAUCUGACGCGUCACAAACAAUCCCACAAUCCGGAGAGGCCCUUCAUCUGCACUGUUUGUCUGAAGGCAUUCAAGCGAAAAGAACAAUUGAGUCUGCAUUUUGUGAUACACUCGGGCGAGAAGAGGCAUUUGUGUCAGGAGUGUGGCAAAGGAUUCUAUCGCAAGGAUCACCUGAGAAAACACACACGUUCCCACAUAGCACGUAGAGUAAAGGCUGAGCUGACAUUGCAGAAUGAGAGUGAGAAUGGUACUAGUAUGUUGCAGCCUGUGGCGGGAGCUUUAGCUGCAGUGCAGGCCACCUUGCAGCAGGUGCAGCAACAACAACAGCAGCAGCAACAACAACAACAACAGAACCAAAAUCAACAGCAGCAACAACAACAAACCACACAAAAUCAACAACAGCAACAAGUACAGCAAAUACAAACACAACAACUGCAACAACAUCAUGUGGUAGUUACUCAGCAACAACAACCGCAACAGCAGCAGCAACAACAACAACAACACCAAACCUCUCAACAGCAGCAGCAGCAAAUGCAAAUGCCUAAUUAGCCCCCACCUGGUGGUGGGGGUGGCACUGCUACACAACAGGAAUUUUGUAAA